CGAAGCACGAGAAAAAAAAGAUCUUUUCGCGGUAACUACAAAAAAAGGGGGAUAGCUUGUCUUCUCUUCUCUUCUCUGCUAUUCAUAGUAACUCCACCUAUCUCUCUGAACGAAAAAACCAUGAACUUCUCGGCGGCACCUUCAGCCACUUUUCGCGGGAAUCUCGUUCCCUCCUCGCGCUGCGCCACUUGCUUUGAAUUCAAUCUUCGUUGUCAACUUCCUUCCUCCAUUGGUUUUCGCCGCUCUCUACGGCGUUGGAGUUCCUUCAAGCUGAGCUCGAGCUUCAGAGGGAAGAGAGGAAUUGCUUGUAGUGUUACUGAGCCACAUUCAGAUCCUGAGGGUGACAAUGAGGAGGAGAAAAAAACACAUAAAACUGGAGAAACACAACCUUUGCAAGAUUCCUUUGAGCAAAGUAGUCCUCAGUCUGAAGAUGUAGAACAGCUAAAUAGUUUUAGUGAAAAUAAGGAUCAAAGUGAUGUGCAGAGUGUGGAUACCAUUGAAGUUGCCAGUGGAUCACCACUGCCAGGUGUGAAGCCUCAGCAACUGGAUGAUGCAAUAAAAAUUCCCAAGGAAACUAUUGAAAUUCUUAAGAACCAAGUAUUUGGAUUUGAUACCUUUUUUGUGACAAGCCAAGAUCCUUAUGAGGGUGGGGUGUUGUUUAAAGGAAAUCUACGAGGGCAAGCUUCUAAAAGUUAUGAUAAGAUAUCAAAAAGGAUGCAAGAAAAAUUCGGAGAUGAAUACAAACUUUUCCUGCUGGUCAAUCCUGAGGAUGAUAAGCCAGUUGCUGUAGUGGUUCCAAGAACAACCUUACAACCUGAGACAACUGCGGUACCUGAAUGGUUUGCUGCUGGAGCUUUUGGACUUGUUACUGUGUUUACGUUAUUGCUUCGCAAUGUUCCUGCUUUGCAAUCUAAUUUAUUAUCAACUUUUGACAAUCUGAACUUGUUAAAGGAUGGCUUGCCUGGGGCCGCUGUUACUGCUCUCAUUCUGGGUAUACAUGAACUUGGUCACUUUUUAGUUGCCCAGAACAUUGGUGUUAAGCUUGGGGUUCCAUUCUUUGUUCCUAGCUGGCAGAUAGGCUCUUUUGGUGCUAUUACAAGGAUAAGAAACAUCGUAUCCAAUCGUGAAGAUCUGCUAAAGCUUGCUGCUGCUGGACCAAUAGCUGGCUUUUCCUUGGGUUUUCUGCUUCUGCUUUUAGGUUUUGUCUUACCUCCAAGUGAUGGUCUUGGCGUUGUUGUUGAUGCCUCUGUAUUUCAUGAGUCAUUUCUUGCUGGCGGCAUUGCAAAGCUGCUUCUUGGUGACGUGCUCAAGGACGGCACGCCAAUCUCUGUCAAUCCUCUUGUGAUUUGGGCAUGGGCAGGGCUUCUUAUUAAUGCCAUCAAUAGCAUUCCUGCCGGAGAGCUUGAUGGAGGGAGAAUAUCUUUUGCCAUAUGGGGAAGAAAGGCGUCAGUUCGCUUGACAGGAUUUUCGAUUGUGCUGCUUGGACUCUCAUCUCUGAUUGAUGAUGUAGCAUUCUACUGGGUAGUUCUCAUAUUUUUCUUGCAACGAGGUCCAAUUUCUCCUCUCUCUGAAGAAAUAAGUGAUCCUGAUCAGAAGUAUGUUGCGUUUGGAAUAACAGUUUUGCUCUUAGGCUUGCUGGUGUGCUUGCCUUAUCCUUUUCCAUUUACAGAUGAAGCACUAGCAAGUUUCUAGUGCAAUAAUGGCCACGUAACUCUGGCAGCACUGCUAGAGUGUUCGUGCCUGAAAGUUUUGAAAAAUUGAGUGUACACAAUAGGAUUGUCAGUGAAUCGUAACCGUUAACGUCCGUUCAAACAUAUACUUCUCAAGAUAUCAAACAUCAUUGUUCCACACGCCCCCCCUUUGUAAUUCAUUGAAUUCGUUUAUACAAGGACGUUUUCUUUCUUUUUUUUUUUCCCCUUCAA